ACUCUCUGAGACCCUCAGACAUUAAACUUGUGGCAGCCAUUGGCAACCUGGAAACUUUUCCAGGCCCUGGCAUGCUCCACGUGGAGAAGCUUCAAAGCAUCGAGAAAGAACCACAGCAUGUGUGCAUGGGAGUCAUGACAGUCCUUUCAGAUAUCAUCAGACAUUUCAACCCUUCUGUUCUGAUGCCCACGUGCUCUCCCGGGAGGAGUGGUGCAGCCCACAGUACCGAAGACUUAUGGAUUCAGGCUAAAGAGCUGGUGAGACGUUUGAAAGAGAACCCGCAACUUGACUUGGAGAACGACUGGAAAUUAAUUACUGUCUUCUUCAGUAACACAAGCCAGUGUCACCUGUGUCCCUCUACUCAGCAGAAAAGGCACUUGCUGAGACGCAUGGAAAAGCUGUGUGAGAUACUGGAUUACCUGCACCAAGAGAUCCCCAGAGCGUUUGUGAAUUUGGUGGAUCUCUCUGAGGUUUUGACCACGGCUCAUCAGCAUCAAGAGACUGGAUUAAGCCCUGAACCAGAGCUUUGCAAUUGUUCAGAGGAGGCAACCAAGUUGUCCAAGGCUGUCAUGCAGUGGUCCUAUCAGGAAUCCUGGGAGAAUCUCCUGGCCUCCAGCAAGUUCAACAAGCACGAGUCCUUUGCAGUGGUUUUCCAGCCUUUCUUCUAUGAGAUAGAACCAUCCUCGAAAAGGUUCUCACCCCACGAUCCCACAACACUCGCCCUCAGGAUCUGGAACAGUAUGAUGGAACCAGUGGGUCACAAAGAUGAGCCACUAGAUGCAACAGACAGAAAGAUGAUGAAAUGUCCCUCUCAGGAGAGCCCCUAUCUGUUCACCUACAGAAAUAGCAACUACCAGGCCAAACCACUGAGACCCAUAGGAAAGCUUCAGGUGAGAGAAGGAACAGUAUUCAGCUGUUCUGACAUGCACCCCUCGGACACAGUCCCCACAACAGUUCACAGGCUGAGGCCGGCAGACAUCAAGGUAAUCGGAGCACUGGGUGACUCUCUCACGGCAGGCAAUGGAGCUGGGUCCAAGCCUGGGGAUGUCUUGGAUGUCCUAACUCAAUACCGAGGCCUGUCCUGGAGCGUGGGUGGAGAUGAGGACAUCAAAACCGUGACCACCCUGGCCAACAUCCUCCGGGAAUUCAACCCCUCCUUGAAGGGCUUCUCCAUUGGCACCGGGAGAGAAAACACGCCCAAAGCAUCCUUCAACCAAGCCGUAGCAGGAGCCAAAUCUGAUGGCUUAGCUGCCCAGGCCAAAAAGCUGGUGAGCUUGAUGAAGGAGGACAAGACAAUAAACUUUCAGGAGGACUGGAAGAUAAUCACUGUGUUUAUAGGAGGCAAUGACCUCUGUGGUUCCUGUAAUGACCAGGUUCGCUUUUCUCCCCAAGCCUUCACAGACAACAUCAAGAAGGCCAUGGACAUCCUCCAUGCAGAGCUUCCCCGGACCUUUGUGAACAUGGUGCAGGUGAUUGAGAUCAUCGCCCUGAGGGAACUGUACAAAGAAACUCAAGUCAGCUGCCCUCGGCUGAUCCUCAGGAACCUGUGUCCUUGUGUCCUGAAGUUUGAUGAUAACUCAGCAGAACUUGCCGCCCUUGUUGAAAGGAACAGGCAAUAUCAGAAAGAAACUGAAAAGCUGAUUGAGAGUGGGCGGUACGACACUAGGGAUGACUUCACUGUGGUCCUCCAGCCGUUCUUUGAAAAUGUGGCCAUGCCUCGGACCCUGGAGGGCUUGCCCGACAGCUCUUUCUUUGCCCCUGACUGUUUCCACUUUAACGUCAAGGCUCAUGCCCGCUCAUCCAUUGCUCUCUGGAAAAACAUGCUGGAACCUGUUGGCCACAAAACAAGGCAACAAGAUUUUGAAAAUAAAACCCCUCUCAUAUGUCCGAACCAGACCUUGCCGUUUCUGAGCACCUACAAGAACAGCAACCAGGGUUAUGGAACCUGGAUGUUAUGCAAUGACAAAGCCCCUUCUGCCUCACCACCAACCUCAGUGCAUGCCCUGAGACCUGCAGAUAUCCAAGUUGUGGCCGCUCUGGGAGACUCGCUGACCGCUGGCAAUGGAAUCAGCUCCCAAGAAGGUGACCUCUCUGAUGCCACACAGUAUCGAGGACUGUCAUAUAGCGCCGGUGGGGACGAGUCGCUGGAGAACGUAACCACCUUGCCUAAUAUGCUACGGGAGUUUAAUGGAAAUCUCACAGGCUACGCAGUAGGCACCGGUGACAUCAAUUCUACAAAUGCAUUCCUUAAUCAGGCUGUUCCUAGGGCAAAAGCUGAGAACCUUGCAAGCCAAGUCCAGACUCUGGUUCAAAGAAUGAAGAAUGACCAUAGAGUGAACUUCCGCCAAGACUGGAAGGUCAUCACGGUGAUGAUUGGGGCCAGUGACUUGUGUGACUUCUGCACAAAUUCGAAUCUGUACUCUGCAGCCAAUUUUUUCGACCAUCUCCGCAAUGCCUUGGACAUCCUACAUAGGGAGGUACCCAGAGCCCUUGUCAACCUCGUGGACUUCAUGAACCCCAGGAUCAUACGACAAGUGUUUCUGAAGAACCCAGACAAAUGCCCAGUUCAUCAGGCCAGGUAG